UGAGGGUCACAAACUAUCAAUUUAACCCUUCGAAUUUUUGAAAUCAAUUUUUUCUGACAAAAGAAAAAGAAGAGGCCGCAGCAACACUUCUAGUUCAGGUCUAAGUUUCCGCUCUCUGUUUCGGGCCCAACGCUUUUUCAUGGAGUUUGGAGCUAUGUCCAAGGUCUUUAACACCAACCGAUUCCCUUGCUUUAGCCCUUUACCGGCAAACCAUCAGAGACCCAGCGACCGUCCAAGCUUCUACCUUUAUCGCUCUUCAAUGGCUUCCUCAUCAUUAUCACGUAGCGGCACAAAUAUCUCAUUUCAGAAGGUGGUGAAUAAUAGUAAGCCUGCGGAACUGCGUAGAGAAUCUGCUGAAUUUGAGCUUUCGAAUUUGACAGCUAUAUCGCCGUUGGAUGGUCGAUAUUGGAAUAAAGUGAAAGAAUUGGCUCCUUAUACGAGUGAAUAUGCACUAAUCUACUAUAGGGUUUUAGUUGAGGUACAAUGGUUGUUGAAACUUUCCCAAAUUCCUGAAGUUGAAGAGGUGCCUAGUGUCAGCGAAGAUGGCCGUUCUUAUUUGCAAGGACUAGUUGAUGGGUUUAGCCUGAAUGAUGCAUUGGAAAUUAAAAAGAUUGAAAAAGUGACAAAUCAUGAUGUGAAAGCCGUGGAGUACUUCUUGAAGCAAAAGUGUCAGUCACAUCCAGAGAUAGCUAAGGUCCUUGAAUUUUUCCAUUUUGCCUGCACAUCUGAAGACAUCAACAAUCUUUCUCAUGCAAUGAUGCUGAAAGAUGCUUUGGAAAAUGUUAUUUUUCCAACUAUUAUUGAUUUGAUUAAGGAAAUAUGUAACAUGGCUGAGGAGAACGCCCAUAUUCCCAUGCUUUCUCGCACCCAUGGCCAGCCAGCUACACCAACAACCUUGGGCAAGGAAAUGGCAAAUUUUGCUUACAGGUUAAGUGAGAUCAGGGGGAAAAUUUCCCAAGUUGAGAUACUGGGAAAACUUGCUGGUGCCGUUGGUAAUUACAAUGCCCAUCUCGUUGCAUAUCCUGAUGUUGACUGGCCCCAAAUUGCUGAAGAGUUUGUAACCUCGCUUGGAUUGAGUUUCAAUCCUUAUGUUACUCAAAUUGAAUCUCAUGACUAUAUGGCGGCACUUUUUGAUGCAAUUUGCCAGUUCAACAAUGUAUUGAUUGAUUUUGAUAGAGAUAUAUGGGGUUACAUAUCUUUGGGUUACUUUAAGCAGAUAACUAAAGCCGGUGAGAUUGGAUCUUCAACAAUGCCUCAUAAGGUAAACCCUAUUGAUUUUGAAAACAGUGAAGGUAAUCUUGGCGUGGCUAAUGCAAAUCUAUCUCACUUAAGCAUGAAGUUACCUAUCUCGAGAUGGCAGCGUGACUUAACUGAUUCAACCGUUCUAAGAAACUUGGGCUUGGGACUGGGACACUCUCUUCUUGCCUACAAAAGCACGCUGCAAGGAAUUGCAAAGCUUCAGGUCAAUGAAGCUCGGCUGCAUGAGGACUUGGAUAAUUGUUGGGAGAUUCUUGCUGAACCAAUACAAACUGUUAUGCGAAGAUAUGAUGUUCCCGAGCCUUAUGAGAAAUUGAAGGAACUAACCAGAGGAAGAGAAGUUACCAAAGAAAGUAUAAGAAAAUUUAUUGAAGGUUUAGAAUUACCCAAGGAGGCAAAAACCAAUCUAUUAAAGUUGACACCACACAACUAUGUUGGAGUUGCUGUUAAAUUGGCAAGGGAGGUCCACAGAGUAGUGAACUUGGUGGAUGGUAAAACAGUGUUUUGAUCUCAUAGUUGAAGACCUGAUGAAGGGACCAACAAGAUCCAAAUUUUCACUGUGUACUUAGGAUUCACUGUGUACUUAGGAUUCAAUCAUUUUGUUAGGUAAAACUCGAUCAGAUUGAGAUCGCUUAGGAAGAACUGUAUCAUUUUUGGGUGCCUAGUAGAAGCCAAGAUUGAAGUAUAAUGCCUGAACAUGCCAGUAAUCAACAUAACGUUUGAGAAGUUGAUACUUGGCAUUCAUAAGUUGUAAUAGCACGGAAAUAGAUGUGAACUAUUAUAAAUUAAAGUUUUGGUGAUGAGGUUUGCCCAAGAAUUA